AAACUCCACGCAGAUAGAUACCUGAGGGUGGCACUGAAACAUGGUGGAAUCUGGAGCAUAGGUGGACCUAUUAACUUCUGGGCUCGCUGGACUGGACUGAACGGCACGGCGCGCUACCAACGCGGUGCCUAUGCGGGCUGUCUCUCUUCGACACAGCGACAUGUCUGGAGCACAACUUCACAACAGCACGGGAGGGAGGGACCGGCGGGCUCGGAGCGGCUGAAGUAGCAGAGUAAGACUUUACAGCACAGCGAGCGCUCCUGCCUAGCAUGUGGGUGAACGCGCGCCCGUGUGGAUGGUCCGGAGCGGCCUUUUAAAAAAUUAAAAGGCGAACAAUCUCUGCCUUAAAAAAAAAAGGCAAGAAAACAAGCAGAUCGCAGCUGGAGGCAGAAAGAGAGAGAGAGUGUGUGUAGCAGCCUCUUCAACGGGAUUGACUGCAAACACGGGGCGAGGAGAAGAAGAGAAAAAACAGGACAAGAAGGGAAACGCCGAUGGAGAACCAAUCUCCCGAACCGUAUUACGAGGACGUGAGAAAAUGCGGCUAUCUCCGGAAACAGAAAUCCAUGCACAAGCGCUACUUCGUGCUCCGAGCGGCCUCGGAGCGCGGUCCGGCCCGCUUGGAGUACUACGAGAACGAGAAGAAAUUCCGGGGCAAGACCGCCAACCCCAAAAAAGUCUUGAACCUGGAGACGUGCUUCAAUAUCAACAAGAGAGCCGACGCCAAGAACAAGCACUUGAUCGUGGUGUACACGCGGGAGGAGAGUUUCUCCAUAGCGGCGGAGAGCGAGGCGGACCAGGGCGACUGGUACCAGGCCAUGGUCGAGCUGCAGUGCAAGAGCAAGGUUCUCGGGGAGAGCCCGGAGUACGGCGCGCUGUCUCCCGGCCCGGCCUUCAAGGAGGUGUGGCAGGUGAAAGUGUGGCCUAAGGGCUUGGGCCAGUCCAAGAGCCUGGUGGGCAUCUACCGGCUGUGCCUGACCGACAAGACGGUCAACUUCGUCAAGCUCAACUCGGACGCGGCGGCCGUGGUGCUGCAGCUGAUGAACGUGCGGCGCUGCGGCCACUCGGAGAACUUCUUCUUCGUGGAGGUGGGCCGCUCGGCCGUGACGGGGCCCGGGGAGUUCUGGAUGCAGGUGGAGGACUCGGUGGUGGCCCAGAACAUGCACGAGACCCUGCUGGAGGCCAUGAAGGCCCUGAGCGAGGAGUUCCGGCAGCGGAGCAAGAGCCAGUCGUCGGCGGGCGCGGGCGCGGGGGCCGGGGGCGGCGGCGGCGGCGGCGGGAGGGGGCUCAGCAACGGGACCGGCCCCCCGAGGAGGACGCAGGACCGGGGGCCGGAGGGCAGGCUGCUCUCCUCCUCCUCGUACUCCUCCAGCUCGGCCAGCAGCGAGAGCCUGGGGGAGGGGGACGAGCGCCCCAACGGGAGGGGGGGCGGCAUCCAGGUGGGGGGCGGCGCCCGCGCCAAAGAGGGGCCCCAGCGCCGGGCCGGGCAGCCCAGGAGCCGGCCGGUCAGCCUGUUCGUGGACGUUUCCAAGGCCAACACCCUGCCCCGCGUGCGGGAGGCGCCCCUGCCGCCCGAGCCGAAGAGCCCCGGGGAGUACGUCAGUAUCGAGUACCGGGGGGGAGGGGUGCCUGGGAUACCUCACCCGUCGGGCCCCGCCAGGCCCCUGCAGCGGCCCGGCUCCUGCCUGGGCGGCUUGCACGGGCACGGCUCGCCCGAGCCCCACGCCUCCGAGUACGUCAACAUGGACCUGGGCCCCCUCCUGGCCCCGCUGGGCUUCCCCGGCUACCCCACCCCGGCCGCCGCCCCGCUGGCGUUCGAUGAGCACCGGCCAGACCUGGAGCCCAGCGAGGAGCCCGGCCGGGGCAAGCACGGGGCCUCAGUCCCCGAGGAGUCGCCCACCUUCGGGGAUUACACCGAGAUGGCCUUCAGCUUGGGGCCCCCGUCCCCCCGCUCGGCCUCUCCGGGGGGCGUGGCGAGCGUGGGGCUCGGGUUGGACUUCCCCCUGUCCAAGCCGACCCCCAACCCGGACCAGGGGGCGAAGGUGAUCCGGGCUGACCCCCAGGGCCGCAGGAGGCACUGCUCCGAGACCUUCCUGGCCACCCAGUCCCUGCCCCCUUCCUCCUCCUCCUCCUCUUCCUCCUCCUCCUCCUUCUCCCUCUUCCCCGAUCACGCCCAGGCGGCAGCCCGGAGGCUCGCGUUUGACGGCGUCUGGGGGAAAGGGGGCGCCUGCGACGGCGCCAAUGAGCCCGCCCCUCUGUGCGCCAUUCCCAGAUCGCCCGCUGUCCCCGUCGCCCAGGCGCCCCCCUCCUCAUCCUCUUCCUCCAUGGAGCAAGGCCUCAACUACAUCGACCUGGACCUCGCCAGCAAGGACAGCCCCCAUGCCACCCUGGAGGCCGCCCCCUCCGCCCAGGUGGCCUCCCGCCUCUACUCUUCGGGCCUCGUGGCGGACGGAGGCGGCUCAGCCGCCGUGCUCAACACCUACGCCAGCAUCGACUUCUACAAGUCGGAGGAGCUGCGGGCGCAUCAGAGCAGCAGCAAGGAAGGCACAGAAUGUUGACAGCCCAACUGAAUUCUGGGAAACUGGAGGACCGAAUUUGCUGCCUCUGCUUUAGAUCUGCCUCCUCUACCCUACAUCCAAAAGUGAUACAUGAGGGGUGGGGCUAAUGCCUUAAGAGGAACACCAUUGGAUGUCAUGCAGAGAUCUUGGACACGCCCCCCCAAAGGAGCAAUUUGUGGAUUUCUUUUGCUUUCUUUUUAUUGGUGGGUACUGAAUUAACGCAACCAAUGGGAAUGCAUUGGCUGCUGAAGACUUGGCAAAUCAGACUCUUUGACAGGAGAACACGGAGCCAAUCGGUAAGGAGCAAAGAUCAUCAGCUUGCCAAGCAGGAGCGAACGACAAUUGUCUUUUUUCUGCUUUGCCAGGAAAUAUAAGAAAAACAAAAAUAAUUGUAAUCUACCGGGGAUGAAACAAAAUAUAUAUACAGAAAAAAAUAUAUGAAUCUAAGGAAAAAAGUGCCUCUUGUUUUAUGAUUGUAGCCAUUUUUAAGAAACACAAUUUUUUGUUAAUACAGGACUGGUCUUACAAAACAAUUUUUUUUCUCCAUAGUAUCAACCAAGAAAAACAAUCAUAGAAAUGGCCUUCUUGUGUUUCUGAAAGUUGUUAGAACGUAGCCUUUUUCAAAUCUGUUGCAGUGCCUCAAGCCACAUGUAUGCUACUAGGAGAUCUUUUUCUCCCACAAGCUGAACUUCUGAAUCUUGUGUCUGGGCUGUGUCUUGGCUCCAGCUCUACAUUCCUGCACCCCUUCUCCCUGCACCCCAAUCCCCAAACCCCCCUUGUGGCAGGAGCGCUGCGGUACCUCUGCACAAGGCCCUGACCUGGUGCUGGGCUGCUCUGAGACGGGCAAUGCGGGCAAAUUCUGAGCAGUGUUCCUCUGCCACCUGCUAAACCGGCGUCCCAUGGCAGUCUGUGGCUGUGCUGUCUCCCUGUGUGCACAGAUCGCUCUCGUGCCCUAGCCUUACAGGAACUUCAGGGUCUCACAAGGGUUAGGGAGGAGUCUGAGGCCCUGCCACUAUUUCUCCAGUUCUCUCCCCUAACUCCACCCCCAGCACCGGCAGAACCCCACUAACCUCAUCCAGACCCCCAGGCGUCGUUCACUAAUGCCCCUUCGCCUCCCUCACUGGGCUCUGAGCCUGUGGAACCCGCUGGCGAGCACAGCACCUGUUGGUCAGGCCGGCAGUUUCACUUUUCACUUUCAGAGGCGGAUCUGAGCCGUGGGCGUGUGGCUGCUAAUUAAGAGGGGGUCACCUGGGUUUCUGGGGUCCCUUCCUCCAGUUCUCUGACUGUCCUUACCCUUCCUGAGUGCCUCCGUCAGGCUCCGCGCCCCGCGAUCCGCUGUGACUUGAUUUCUUCGCUCCCUGGGAGGAGUCACAGUGUUGGCGUUGGUGGCUGGGAGACGUUCGCCCAGUGCGUUGCCCCUGUCAGCUGGAUGGGUUGACCCCCCCCCCUCCCGCCGUCGGGUCUCAGAUCGGGGCUUAUCGCCAGCAGCAGCAUAGAAGAGCAGGUUUGGGUUGCUGCUCUGGCAGACGGACAGCAGCUGUCCAGUCCUGGUCCUGGACCUAGAAGAGUCUGCACCUGGUUGCGCAAGUUGGGCAACCUUGCUCCACUGAUCCAUUUAAGUCUGUAACAAGCUGACUGUGGUCGUUAAGUGGUGUGCUGGCGUGGAAACCAGCAGGAGUGCCAGGGCCUCUUCAGGAGCAGGAUCGACUGCUCCUGGCUGAGGUUCUGCUGGAGUUCAGGAGUCUCGCGCAGAGCAGCUGAACUCGCUGCAGCCAGGGGUCCUAGCAAAGAGAAAAGCGUAGCAAACCGCAAGUGUAUUUAUGCGACCCAUCCGUGGCCUGUUACAGCUUACCCUGGCACCACGACGCCCCGCCAGCUUUCAUGCCCUUUCUAUUGAAACGCUUAGCCGAAGUACGGCCUUGCUCUCAGCUGUGCUAAAUGUCUCACCUGUCAGGGAAGGAUUAUCCCUUUGUGUGAGAGUGUGCCAAGCUGAUUUCUCGCGCCAGCUUUCUGUCGUCAGCUGACCUGGUCCUUUCUUCCCCCCCCUGUGGACGUACAAUGACAUGCAGCUCCAGGUCGGUGUUUGCAAGACCGGAGAAGGUGCCUGGUACGGCGGGAACCGAGAGACAGAUGACUGCGAGGGUGAUGGAUGAUGUUUUUGUGACUGACGUUACCCAUGACGAGCAGGCAGGCGGAGAAUUCCCAGCGGGCCACAAGACAUGUUGCGCACGCUCCUGUACCUUUGUGCCAGACAAAGCAUUAGAGGGCAGACUGUCUCACCCCAGCUCCUCACCUCCGUGGACUGGCGACUCUGUGUAACGCCAAGUCACUGGGAAUUGUGCCCAAAAGCCAUCUCAUAGAGUUUUGAAGAGGGGGGCACCUCUCCCUGCUUUUAUUUAGAGGAUCUGAAGGGGUACCCCGACUAUCUCGGCGCCUGUCUUCCCAUCUGCUCCUCGGGCAGCGGUAUAGCAGUCCCGGAAUGAGUUUUCCUGGUUGUCAAAGGCCUGCAGGCGACUGAUCCCUGGGAGGCUCGCGGUGCUGAAGGCGGGCAAGCUCUCGAGCAGUCGUGAGGAGUGUUACUGCGAACGCCUUAUCCUUCCAGAUGAAAGCAGAGCCCGAAAACUAGCGCCUCUCUCAGCCUCCUGAGACAGCGGUGCACGUGUUCUCAGGAUGUGGAACAGGGAGCGCAGGGAACUCUGGGAAAACGGGCUGUGCAUCAGCAAUCACACUUCGAAGUGCCUGUCUGAGCGCAAGAUGCUGAGUUAGAGCUGUCUGUCUGGGCUCCCGGUGGCCGGGACGUGUUCAGGCGGCUGUCAGGAAGAAGGGACUGAUAAAGGGAAAGACCCUACAAAAAAAAUCUUUUUGGUCUGUGUUUUUUUUUUCCACCUGUUUUAAAAUUUUCUUCUGGCAUGUUUGCGGGGGUCUUUUGUCUUUACCUGAUGUUGAGCAGACGUUUUGUCAUUUUGUGCGUUUGUGAAUGAGAACAACUCCCGAUAAUGGAAAAACAGAAGUCAAAACGCGCACACUUGUGUGACCUCCUCCCCCGCCCCCGGCCUCCCUUUGCGUUCGGAGGCUUUGCUUGCAGAACCUCUCCCCCUCCUCCCCUGGCUCCGCUUCAGUCCUGAGAGUGCCGGGUCUGCGCCUGGGUUUCUGACUCGACGGCAAGCGUCUGGGUCCGUUCGGACCACGGGCCAGGCAGGAGGGCCUUGUGGGCCAUCCUGACGGCUGUUCGGGUUAACGGCACGCCGGCCUGGCUGUGCUACCCUGCUCUCUAUCCUGAUGUUGUUUACGUCCCUCUUGGUGGCUUCUGCGCCGAUCUGCGUCAGUCCGACAUCUUUGUGACCAUUCUUAGAAAACCUCAAAAAUCGCUUGUCGCUGAAUAAGCUAACCUAACGCCCCCCCCCCCCCAAAAAAAAAACUAAACCGUUUUAUUUAGCAGCUGACA